ACAGGUAUUGGAAAUUUCCUUACACCAUUUCUUAUCUUCUUUAUCAUUGGAACAAUCGUAUCAUUUGGGUUAACAAUGUUACAUAUACCGAUGACCAAUAUGAUCAUUGAUUAUGUAAGACAGCGUGAAAGAGAAAAAGAAGAAAAGAAGGAAGCAAAACAAAAGGAGAAAGAAAUGGAAGAGGAAGAAAAGAAAGCAAAGAAAACGUGA